GUGUGUGUGUGUGUGUUGUCAGAGUCAGGUGAGGACCCAGCAGCCUAUGACAUCCUGGCCAACCCUCCAGGCCCAGGGAGAGGAGGAGGAGGAGGCACGAGCAAGGCUUUGAGUUUGAGUUCUCUUGACCGACCCCUCUGCCCUGCUACAACAUUCAACUCUCCUCUCACAGGGUCCCAGAAACUGGCUGCUCCUAUCAGACGUCCUGAAGAGACUCAGAAUGUCCUCCAGGGCGUUCAGGGCAGCCUUCGCCCAUCUGGAGGUAGCAACCAUCGCCGAGGCAGAGUUCUACAAGCAGGCGUCACUGUCGCAGCUCUUCUCGUGCCCCGACGAGCUCGCCGCCUUCCUCCCCGACAGCAAGGAGCUGCUGGACCUGGUUGAGACCAGCUCGGAGCUGGCUGCGCUGCUCGGCUCCUCGCUAGAGUGUUUGGACAGCCGAUGGGAGCCCAAAGGGGCCCGGGUCAAAGCUAAAGCCCGCUCGUGACCCUGAGAUACACACACACAGAGGGUGACUCAAUAAGAUCUACUUUCUCCUGAAGUGGACACUCCUUCACUAGUUCCCACAAAUCUGGUGCAGUUAUUUGGCUAGUGGUAGUUUUCCACCAUAUUUCUUAUACCAGUCCUUUCCUUUCAAAUCGGU